AUGAGCGACGCACAGUUCCAGAAAGCCGUGGAAGUUAUUCGCACCAUGCCGAAGAAUAGUUCCAUCAAAGUGACGCAGACCCAGCAGCUAAAGUUCUACAGUCUGUUCAAGCAGGCUAAUGAUGGCGACUGCAACACGCAGCGCCCGGGUAUGCUCGACUUUGCUGGCCGCGCUAAGUGGGACGCUUGGAACAGCUUGAAGGGCAAGUCGAAAGAGGAUGCCAAGAAGGAGUACGUCGAGGCUUUCCUUGAGGUCUUUGAGCCUGCUAAGGAUGACGCCGAGGUCUCCAAGUAUCUGGAGGCUGUCAAGAAUGCCUAG